AUGACUGCCCCCAUCACGCCCCGUGACACGCCGGAUGUAAUUGGAGGUGCGACUUUAGCAGAACAGAUAAUAGAAGCAGCUCGACGAAAUAAUGUGGAGUUAUUAGACGAAGUACUGUCUGAUGCCACGCAAGGAAUUCCAGAGGGAGAUGAAAAGCACAGAGUAGAGUCUAUUGCGAAACUGAUUAAUGAAGCUCGCGAUCCAUUGGGAAACACUGCAUUACACAUUACGGCGCGAAAUGGCCAUUAUGAGGUUAUGGACCAGAUUCUAGACCAAGAAGGGGUCGAGGUGGAUCCUGUAAACCUACUCGAAGGUGAUACUCCUCUUCACUGCGCUGUGAGAUAUGCCAAUGCCGGGGAACCCGAGCAUGGCACAUUCAUUGUUGAAGAACUGGUUGAAGCAGGCGCCGAUCCAAGAAUUAAAAAUAAACAUCAACAGAAGGCUGUUGAGCUCAUCUCAGUUCCCAAUGAGAAAUUAGAGGAAAUUCUUGCCGGUGCAGAAUUUGCUCUUGUCUAUGGCCCCAAACCAGGAGAACAAACGCAGGCAGAAGACCCUACGCCGAACGAAUCAGAAGGAAGCAGCUCCGAAUCUGAGAAUUAG